AUGAUGUCGUCCGUCAUCAGGACGGUGAAAUUCCGCAGAAGCUCGAAGGUAUUGGUUAAAGCAUUAUCGAGAAAACAAAUUAGCGAUGUAAUUUAUCGCACGUAUUUUGUUGGUACGUCAAGAUUGAGCGGGAGCUCAAGUGGGAAUCCAAAUGGGAACUCAAGCUCUUCAGAUGCCACACCAUCAAAUAAGUACAUGAGUCCUUUCAAAUCACGCAGAGAUCUUAAGUUUGCGUUAGUGGGUGGGAGUAUGUUGGUGCUAACGUAUUCAUAUUUCUCCUCGAAAAGCGUUUUAUCGCUCGAUACCGUCAAAGGGAUAAGGCAAUACACCACAGGUCCUGUCAAAGGACCAAAUGGCAGCAGUACAGCUGCAAAUGGUGGUUCUGCCUCUAGUUCAGGUGGCAAUGAUUCCAUUACACUACUUACGGAAAGCGAGGUAAAUGCGAAAUUGCAAGAUUUGCAAGAGAGUUAUUUCGUAAAUAGAGGGAAAGGUGUUUUGCGCUACGAUGUUGCGCAGCUUCCGUCCAAUAAUCCAAUCGAGGACAGCCAUGUUGAACAGAUAGUCACUGUACCAUCUACUAAUAGUGCAGAUGCUGGUGUGGAAGAGGAUUUAUGUUUUUUCGGGAUUUUCGAUGGGCAUAGUGGCUGCUUCACUUCAAAAAAGUUAAGUACGGACUUGGUACCCUAUGUGGCCCAAAAUUUAGGCAAAAUCUACUCCGAUAAUAGCGAGGUUCUAUCAUCUUCAAAGCUAAUCGAUACCGCAAUCGAAGACGCUUUUGUACAAUUAGACAAUGACAUCGUUUAUGGAUCUUUGAGAAAUUUAUUUAAAAAUCCCACAAAAGAAGCUAUGGUACAUUCUUUGCCUGCCAUUUCUGGUUCUUGCGCGUUGCUAUGCGGAUUUAACAGCUAUGAUUCUACUAUAAAAGUUGCAGUUUCUGGUGAUUCCAGAGCAUUGUUAUGUGGCUUAGAUGAUACAGAUAAUUGGGUAGUUCAAUCCCUUUCGACUGAUCAAACUGGUGACAACCCAAGGGAAGUAGAAAGAAUACGUUCUGAGCACCCGGGUGAAGACAAUGUCAUACGCAAUGGUAGAGUUCUUGGCUCAUUGCAACCAUCGAGGGCCUUUGGAGACUAUCGUUACAAAGUUAAGGAAAUUGACGGAAAGUCUUUAGCAGAGCUUCCUGAGCAUGUUAAAAUAUAUUUCAGAUCCAAACCUAGAGAUUUUCUAACUCCACCUUAUGUAACAGCUAAACCAGAAAUUACUACAACAAAAAUUGACCAAAAGUCGAAAUUUAUGGUUCUCGCUUCAGAUGGAUUAUUUGAGCUUCUAAGUAAUGAAGAAAUCGCUGGUUUGAUAGUUAAAUGGAUGGAAGUGAACAUUGUUCCAAAACCUCAUUCCUCCGCCCCUAACGGUAAGCUACCAAAGAUCAAAGAUCUCUCUUCCGAUAAAGACUUAUUGAGACCUGCUUUUAGAUAUCAAUCAACCCAAAAGAGAUCUGGCCCUGAGUAUCUGAUGGAAGACACAAAUGUUGCUACCCAUUUAAUAAGAAAUGCUUUGAGUGCCGGUGGAAGAAAGGAAUACGUAUCCACUCUGGUCAGUAUUCCUUCGCCAAUGAGUAGAAAAUACCGGGACGACUUAACUGUGACCGUUGUCUUUUUUGGGGAUUCUGAUAAUGAGCCGCAAAAUAUUGAUGGCUCCAUAGUAGUUAACAAUGGAGCAACAAGUCAGCUGAAAUCGAAGCUUUAG